AUGGGGUUCUGGAAUGCCAACAUGACAGUGCCUUCGGAGACGGCGACGGACCCGCUCCUGCACCAAGAUCUAUACACGGAUCUCUUAACCUUCACUUUCUGCGGUCCAACCCCAUACAAUCAGAACCAGCCCCUGUUCAUUGAUGCCGAGGAUCCCUCGCGCUCGUUCACAGCCACACAGUUCCGCCAGCUGGUUCGGACGCUGAUUGCCGGCCUGAAGGCGCACAAUGUCCGCCAGGGAGAUUGUGUACUGCUGCACCUGGGUAACAGUUCCGGUCUGGUUCGGUUCGGUGAAUGCGUGGACAUACCUUCGGCACCAUAUGCUAACCUGGUCCGCCUUGAUAUCUUACAGAUCCUGUACCCGGCCCUCUUCUUUGGUAUCAUCGGCGCUGGGGGUGUCUACAUGGGCUCCAACCCACGCAGCGCGCCCCAAGAAUUAGACCAUAUCGUGGGCCUCGCCGAGCCCAAGUUGAUCCUCACAACCCGCGAUGCGCUGCCAACCGUCCAGAAGGUGGCUCAGGCCCGGGGAAUGCACCCUAGCCAGAUCUGUCUGGUAGACGAGCGGGCUGUCGAUCAUUGUGCCCAGCUCUUCCUGUGGUACGAGCUGGGAUAUGCCGCCGGCACGGAGUUCCUCACCUCCGAGGGUGGCCAGCAGACCGGCCAUGCCAAUUUUGCCCACAUGCUCUGCUACGGUGAAAGCGACUGGCAGGUCUUCACGGACGCCGAUACGGCCAAGAAUACCCCCGCCGCCAUGUUCUCGACCUCCGGCACGGGUGGCCUGCCCAAGGCGGCCGUGCUGUCCCACCAUGCCAUCGUCUCACAUCACCGCGCGAUUCAGUACGAUGUGCCCUUCCCCGUGAGCCGGCUGAUGUCUCUGCCCAUGUUCCAUCUGUUCGGCGCCCUGUGGACGCAUCUGUUCCCCGUGCGCUAUGGCCACCCGCUCUUCGUUCUGCCCCGCUUUGAGAUGACCCAGUUCCUCGCGACGGUGCACCGGUAUCAAAUUUCUGAGACCUAUCUGGUCCCUGCUAUCAUUCACAGCAUCAACCAAUCCUCUCUGCCUGUGAGCGAAUAUCUUUCCUCGCUGCGCUAUGUCGGUGUGGCCGGUGCCCCCAUUGAUGGCGCUUCAAUGACCCACUUCCGGAGCCGCUUGCACCCGCUGGCGUACGCCUGUCAGAUCUGGGGUAUGACCGAGGUCGGUGUGAUUUUCCAGUGCCGCUAUGGCCAGCGCGGCGAUGCGGGCAGCAUUGGCACCAAGCUCCGUGGCUAUGAGGCCCGGCUAAUCGACCAUGAGGGCAAUACAGUGCGCGGCGAUGACCGUGCUGGUGAGCUCUACGUGCGGGGACCGGGCUUGCUUAUGGAAUACAAGGGCCGGACCGACGCCAAGGAGGCCAAUGGUUGGUUCCGCACGGGUGAUGUGGCGUAUGUCAAGAAUGGCUUCUACUUCAUUGUCGGACGCACCAAGGAAUUGAUCAAAGUCCGAGGGUAUGUAUAUGCCUUCGUCUGGCCCAUUUUCUCGUUCAUGGGGAUUCUCUUUAUCCCUCUUCUCUCCCAACUUGAUUAUUUUUUUGACCCCUUCCUUGUCACCCAACCUCUCAAGGAUCUGCACACACUAACGCACUUCCUGCAUAGAUGGCAAGUGGCCCCCGCCGAGAUCGAGGCCGUCCUUCUGCAACAUCCUGGCAUUGCCGAUGCGGCCGUCACCGGAGUCAAUCUACGGGACGGCAGCACCGAAGUGCCGCGCGCCUUUAUCGUACGGUCGCGGGACCGCACGACCGCCAAUCGCCUCACCGCUGAAGAAGUCUACAAGUUUGCCCGUUCGCAACUGGCCAGCUACAAGGCUCUGGAUGGCGGAAUCAUCUUCGUCGAGGAGAUCCCCCGCACGGCCAGCGGCAAGAUCCAGCGCUUCAAGUUGGCGCAAAUGAACUCGUACCGCGAGAUGGUGGCAUCUCUGCUGUCACGCUUUGAAGGUGAGACCAGCUCCUCAACGGGACGACGCCGGCCUCCGAGCGAUGUCCCUGUCGUCACACCCGAAGCCCGCGUCAGUGUCUGA